ACAGCCCGGGCCGCGGCGCGCCCCGGCCCGGACCAGCCCAGCCCCGUGCCGGCACCGGGCGGCCGGACAGCCGGCCCGCCCCCGAGGGCGCCGGGCGCGGCGGGAGGAUGCCGAAGCCGACGCUGCUGCUGCGCGGGGGCUGGGAGCGCGAGCGCAGCCCCGGGGACUCGGAGCUGGGCCGCCAGUUCCGGGACUGGUGCCUGCGCACCUACGGCGACUCGGCCAAAACCAAGACGGUGACACGCAGCAAAUACCAGCGGAUCGCCGAGGUCCUGCAGGGCGGCGGCGGGACCGGCGCGGGCAGCGGCCCCGCGGCCGGCGAGAAAGGCAAGUUCCAGUUCUGGGUGCGCUCCAAGGGCUUCCGCCUGGGCAGCGGCCGGGAACCCAAGAUGGGCCAAGUGGUGUAUGUGCCGGUCAAGACGGGCUCGGGGGCAGAUGGCCUGUCGGAGCCCGAGGGCGUCUCUCUGAAGCGGGUCGCUGUGGUGGAAGAUUUCUUUGACAUCAUCUACUCGAUGCAUGUGGAGAGCUCAGCGGAGCCCGGCAAAGCCCCCAAGCACGCGGGGCAGAAGAAAACCUACCGAGCGAUCGCAGAGACCUAUGCCUUCCUCCCGCGAGAGGCCGUGACCCGGUUCCUGAUGAGCUGCACGGAGUGUCAGAAGAGGAUGCACUUUAACUCCAAUGGCCUGGAGCCCAAAGAAAACGAGCCUGCCUCGCCUCUGGUCUCGGGGAUCAUCGACUACAACAUGCCCCUGACCUCCACCUACCUGAAGCAGAUGAAACUGCGUGUGAUGAACUCCCAGGAGCAGGAUGAGACUUCUGUGAGCAGCGAGGAUUUUGAUAUGAACGACUCCACAUGGAUGUCAGCUGACCCGCACCUGGCCUCCAGCCUGAGCCCCAGCCAGGACGAGAGGAUGAGGAGCCCCCAGAACCUCCACAGCCAGGAGGACGACGACUCGUCCUCGGAGAGCGGCAGCGGCAAUGGGUCCUCCACCCUGAACCCCUCGGCGUCCAGCAGCACGCAGGGCGACCCCGCCUUCCCCGAGAUGAACGGCAACGGCACCGUGGCCCCCAUGGACUUCACGGCGGCCGCCGAGGACCAGCCCAUCAACCUGUGCGACAAGCUCCCGCCGUCGGCGCUCGGCACCCCCUCCUACCCCUCGGACGGCUGCGCCGACGGGCUGCGGAGCCGCGUCAAGUACGGGGUGAAGACCACCCCCGAGUCCCCCCCCUAUAGUUCGGGGAGCUACGAUUCCAUCAAGACGGAGGUCAGUGGCUGCCCAGAGGACCUGACCGUGGGCCGGGCUCCCCCUGCGGAUGAUGAUGACGACGACCACGAUGACCACGAGGACAAUGACAAGAUGAACGACUCAGAAGGCAUGGAUCCCGAGCGCCUCAAGGCCUUCAACAUGUUUGUGCGGCUCUUCGUGGACGAGAACCUGGACCGCAUGGUGCCCAUCUCCAAGCAGCCCAAGGAGAAGAUCCAGGCCAUCAUCGAGUCCUGCAGCCGGCAGUUCCCGGAGUUCCAGGAGCGCGCCCGCAAGCGCAUCCGCACGUACCUCAAGUCCUGCCGGCGCAUGAAGAAGAACGGCAUGGAAAUGACCAGACCCACGCCUCCCCACCUGACCUCGGCCAUGGCAGAGAACAUCCUGGCGGCUGCCUGCGAGAGCGAGACGCGGAAAGCGGCCAAAAGGAUGCGCCUGGAGAUCUACCAGUCCUCACAGGACGAGCCCAUAGCCCUGGACAAGCAGCACGCCCGGGACUCGGCGGCUGUCACCCACUCCACCUACUCACUGCCAGCCUCCGCCUAUUCCCAGGACCCCGUGUAUGCCAAUGGCGGCCUCAACUACAGCUACCGCGGCUACGGGGCCCUGGGCAGCAAUCUGCAGCCCUCCGCCUCCCUCCAAACCGGAAAUCACAGUAACGGGCCCACGGACCUCAGCAUGAAAGGCGGGGCCUCCACCACGUCCACCACUCCCACGCCCACACCCUCCGGCAACAGCACCAGCAGGACCAUGCCCAGCGCCCAGCUCAGCCCCACGGAGAUCAGCGCGGUGCGGCAGCUCAUCGCUGGCUACCGAGAGUCGGCUGCCUUCCUGCUGCGCUCCGCAGACGAACUGGAGAACCUCAUUUUACAGCAGAACUGACCCCCCCACAACCGGCGCCUGGAGCGCACGACCCUCGGGAAGGAGGCUGUCCUGGCCCCGGCUCCCUGCCUCGCCAGUUGGUACAUUCUGUUUUCUGAAAGAGGUGGGAUCCACACGCUGUUUCUCGCCACACUCCAAGCACCUGAAACUUUGGGCACAAGGACACUUUUUUUUUUUUUUGAAUCUCGCCACACGGGUGCUUCGAUCCUGCUUGGAAGAGGUGGACGGGGCAGCUUUGGAAGGGCUGGAGUGCCCCCCGAGCAGCCGCCGGGGCCACAGCUCUCUGUAGAAUCAUCUUCGUGGACCCCGAUGUUAGACUCCCACCCCCCGAUAAUUACCUUUCAAGUCUUAGGUGAGCAGAAUCGCAUAUUUAUUGAGAAAAACAAAGUGGACCCUUUCUUCCUCGCCCUUUAGUAAUUUAUUUUUCUGAAAAUGGAUUCUUUUGUGUUUGUACAGAUUGCCAGUCUGUGUCUGUCUGAUCAGAAGGAUGUGUCCCUGUGACCUAACAUUCCAUAUCACUACACUGGCGGGGCCUAGGGACCGGCGGGGCGGGCGGGGCAGGCACAUGCCAGGCUGGCCGGCGCCCCUCCAAGUGCCCAGCCCCGCCCAGCAGCAGGACUCUUCCCACACCCACUGCAAAGCAGAGAAACAGAAAUGGCUCCCCCACCCCCAGACGCCCCAGUCCCACGGUCAGCUGUAUUCUACCUCACACUCCAGCGUGGGCUUUUUCCAGGAUGUGC